AUAAUCAGGUGAACGUUUAAUAAAAGGACAAAUUUGGACGUCAACAUGGUUAAGUUAAAAGCAAAUUAUAAACACUGAAUAUGUUUAAGUCGGGAUACGUAGUUGCUUUGCUCGUUGCUGUUUUAGCGAGAUGGCUGGUCUCGCUUCACAAAUACUCGGGUGCUGGCAAUUCUCCGAUGUAUGGUGACUUUGAAGCCCAGAGACAUUGGAUGGAAAUAACAUACCACCUGCCUCCACAGCAAUGGUACUUCAAUAGUACCAAUAACAAUUUAUUGUAUUGGGGACUGGAUUACCCCCCUUUAACAGCAUACCAUAGCUGGCUAUGUGGAUUUGUCGCAAAUAAAAUAAACCCAUCCUGGGUUGCCUUGAAAGAGUCACAUGGGCAUGAAAGCUAUGCUCACAAAUUGUUCAUGAGAUAUACAGUGAUAUUGGCUGAUGUUUCCAUAUUUUUCCCUGCUGUUGUUUUGUUUUUUGCUCAACAAAAACUUCAAUUACAAGACAAGGUCAAGAUGUCGCUGGUUGUUUUGAUGUAUCCCGGCUUCAUUCUGAUUGACCAUGGACAUUUUCAAUACAACUGUGUCAGUCUAGGAUUUGCCUUGUUUGGAGUUGUCUGGAUUUGCAAGGGAUUCCAUCUUUGGGGCUCCAUAUGCUUCUCUCUGGCUUUGAACUACAAGCAAAUGGAGCUGUACCAUGCCUUACCAUUCUUUUGUUAUUUGUUGGGGUGGUGCUUUCAGAAAUGGUCCAGGAUACCUCAGCUGUUUAAAAUAGCUGUAACUGUCAUAUCAACCUUCUUGGUUUGUUGGCUGCCCUUUUUAAGAUCCAAAGAAAUGGUCCUACAAGUUCUCCACAGAGUUUUUCCACUGGCCAGAGGACUGUAUGAGGACAAGGUUGCCAAUGUAUGGUGCAGUUUGUCAGUCCUCAUCAAGUUGAAGCAGAUGUUUACAGUAGAUCAGCUGGUUUUGAUAUGCCUUCUGAGCACUCUUGUGUGUUUAUUGCCAUCUUCACUUCAUCUGCUUUGUUUUCCAACAACCAGAAACUUCAAAAUUUCUCUAGUCAAUUCCUCCUUAGUUUUCUUCCUCUUCUCAUUCCAUGUACACGAGAAAUCCAUUCUGAUACCAGCACUGGCAGUGUCACUCCUUGUACACGACUACCCUUUUUGGUGUGUCUGGUUCUACUUUAUAUCAACAUUUAGCAUGCUUCCACUAUUUGUGAAAGACGAUUUGGUUAUGGCUGCUGUGGCAACCACAGUCUUACAUGCUCUCAUAUGUAAGGCAUGCAUGAACAUAAGUUCAACAAAAGAUGAUCAGCUUUGGGACAGAGCUAAAACCACAUUGCUAAAAUUGUCAAUGAUGGGAGCAGUUUUACUGACAGUUGCCAGCCUCAUCUUGACUCCACCACCAAGAUACCCAGAUCUUUUCCCAGUUCUUGUCUCCAUUUAUUCUUGUGCUCACUUUGUAUUGUUUUUGGCAGCUUUUCACUAUUUCCAAUUUCAGUCUCCUUCUCAAAGUGCAAACGUGAAAAAAGUGCAAUAAAAAAUAUAUAAAA